GAGCACCGAGUCCUCUGAGAGCCGCAGUGCAGCACCGGAAGCGGCCGAGCGCGCACAGCCGGGCCACCACCAGCCGCUUCAACACCCAGCGCCGCCGCGCCCAAGACCAAGCUAGUGCUGCGGCCGCCGCUUGGCAGGUACUAAAGAGUGAUGAGUCCCUUUAUGUCUUAGUGACCACAGAGUUCUAGGAAGCUUACUCUGGUGUGUUGUGGUGUUGAGUGCAAACAAGAGUGGGGAGCGUAUCAGGAAGGAGUUCAGGCAGGUUCAGCAAGACCUGGCAGGUCCGCAUAACUCAUCAUUGGUUUAGUGUUAUUCAGGAGUGCUGGUGUUCCCUGGGAAUCUUCUUCUGCCUCCUAGAAAAAGCCUUUAUUGGAUUUGUAACACUGGAGCCUAACAGCGCCAUUGUGAAGUUCGCAUUAGAGCAGUUUCCAGUGGCAUCACAGGUUUGGAAACAUGGCCAAAAGAAUUGCCGAGAAGGAACUGACAGAAAGGAAUUGGGAUCAAGAGGAUGAAGCUGAAGAGGUGGGGACAUUCUCAGUGGCCAGUGAGGAAGUCUUGAAGAACAGAGCAAUAAAGAAGGCAAAGCGCAGAAGUGUGGGGUUUGAGUCUGACAGUGGAGGAGCCUUUAAAGGUUUCAAAGGUUUGGUUGUACCUUCUGGAGGAGGACGGUUUCCUGGAUUUGGUAGCAGUGCUGGAGGGAAGCCUUUAGAAGGAAUUUCAAAUGGAAACAACGUAACCAGUGCCCCUCCCUUCACCAGUGCAAGGGCAGCGGCAGAGCCCAAGGUAGCCUUUGGUUCUCUUGCUGCAAAUGGCCCUACCUCCUUGGUUGAGAAAAAAGUUUCAAAUCCCAAAACGAAUGGGGACAGUCAGCAGCCCUCCUCCUCUGGCCUUGCUUCCAGUAAAGCUUGUGUCGGGAAUGCCUAUCACAAGCAGUUGGCUGCCUUGAACUGCUCCGUCCGGGAUUGGAUAGUGAAGCACGUGAAUACAAACCCACUCUGUGAUCUGACGCCCAUCUUUAAAGACUAUGAGAAAUAUCUAGCAAACAUUGAACAGCAGCACGGGGACGGUGGCAGCAAUUCUGAAAGUGAAUCUAACAAAACGGCGGUUGAAACACAGUCUCUUUCCCUUUUUGGCUCAACAAAAUUACAGCAAGAGUCAGUGUUUUUGUUUCAUGGCAACAAAACUGAAGAUACACCUGAAAAGAAGGUGGAGGUUGCAGCUGAAAAGAAAACGGACCCAUCACUAGGAGCAACAAGUGCCUCAUUUAACUUCGGCAAGAAAGUUGAUAGCUCUGUUGUGGGCUCAUUAAGCUCUGUCCCCCUGACUGGAUUUUCAUUUUCCCCAGGAAACUCCAGUUUACUUGGCAAAGAUAUUACCCAGAGUAAACCAGUCUCUUCACCAUUUCCCGCUAAACCAUUGGAGGGCCAAGUAGAAGGUGACAGUAGCGAAUGCAAAGGUGGAGAUGAAGAAGAGAGUGAUGAGCCACCCAAAGUAGUAGUUACUGAAGUAAAAGAAGACGACGCUUUUUACUCCAAAAAGUGUAAACUAUUUUACAAGAAAGACAAUGAGUUUAAAGAGAAAGGCAUAGGCACUCUGCAUUUAAAACCUACAGUGAAUCAGAAGACACAGCUUUUGGUGCGGGCAGACACCAAUUUAGGCAACAUAUUGUUGAAUGUUCUGAUUCCGCCCAAUAUGCCAUGUACCCGAACAGGGAAAAAUAAUGUUCUUAUCGUCUGUGUUCCAAAUCCACCAAUUGAUGAGAAGAACGCCACCGUCCCAGUUACCAUGUUGAUUCGGGUAAAAACCAGCGAGGAUGCAGAGGAGUUGCACAAAAUUUUACUGGAGAAAAGGGAUGCCUGAACACGCGAGGUCGGCUGUGGAAUGAUUACCAAGUUGCUGCUUCUCCCACCCCCUUAAACUUACUUUUUCUUCUCUUUGACAUUCUAAGGACUUAUAGAUUAACUUAAAACUCCUGUGAAGAAGAUUAACAUAGCCAAUAAAACCUUUACAUGUUAAGUGUCAAGAAACCGUACUCUCCCUUCUUAAGAACUGUCUAAAGUGUAAAAUACAUUUGAAUGCAAUUUUUGGAAGAUUUUUUUUUUAAUGUUCCCUUGUUUAUUAAACUAACCAUAAGUGAUUUCUUCAAGGACUGCAAUCAGGGUAUCGAUUCGCUUUCCCAAAGGCUCUUCUAACCCGUGGGUUUUGGGGUCUGCUGCCACCACCAGAGAGACUGUGGAACAGGGUGCCCGGCCGUGUCCAGAAGGAAGCUGGCCUGUAUGCUUCUCUCCGGUGGGCUCGACCGACAUGUGACUCGUUCUGUUACCAAAUGAACCGGACUGCCAUGCUGUGACAGAUGUUUGUCCUCUGCUUUUUGAUUUUUAAGCUAAAAUGUGAGUACUGAGUGUUCACCUCUGUUCUAAUCAUUGGCCUGUAACCCUGUGGGCUGCUCCACUGGAAUUCAGGAAUUUGCAUUUUCAUUUUAAAAGGAAAUGAGUAGCUUGUGAAGGAGUUUUUGGUUUUGUAGUUUCUAUUCAUGAGGUGCCGUUACUUCUUUAUUCCCCUAAAGACAAAAUUAAGGGGGGAUUGCCAGGAAUGAGUUUAAAAGCACAAAUUUGGUAGCUGAUCAUGUACACCACGGACAGUGAGCCCGUAUGAAAUGAAAGGGAGCUCAGAAUGAAACCGUCCUGGGAAAAGGUGAUGCUCAUAGGCCUGUGUACCAUCAUCAGCCCCGCACGUGUGAAAACCAUUACCGAGUGAGUGCCUGGGAGCUUUGACACAUGAGCCAUGUGAAUUCAGUGGGAAACAUGGAAUAAGCUCGUGGAAGAGAAAAUCGUGUGUACAUUUUGCCUUUAACUUUAGACAGCAGUGUAGCAUACGUUUGAUACCUGAAAUAGCUUUUUUUUUUUUGAGACAGAGUUUCACUUGUAUCCAGGCUGGAGUGCAACGGCAUGAUCUCGGCUCACCGCAAUCUCCGCCUCCUGGGUUCAGGCAGUUCUCCUGCCUCAGCCUCCUGAGUAGCUGGGAUUACAGGCACGCGCCACCAUGCCCAGCUAAUUUUUUAUAUUUUUAGUAGAGACAGGGUUUCACCAUGUUGACCAGGAUGGUCUCGAUCUCUUGACCUCGUGAUCCACCCACCUUGGCCUCCCAAAGUGCAGGGGUUACAGGCAUGAGCCACCGUGCUCGGCCCAAAUAUCUUUACUUUUUUAAGAAGAUUCCAUGUGUCUGGAAGGAAGCCAUGGUUAUGCACACACAUAUCCAUGUCACUUCCAGAGCUGUCAGGUAACAUGAGCAUUCUUCAGGUAACAUGAAGACUCUGGGCACAUGAAUGAGAUUCAAAAUUUAACGUUUAAAUUUCCACUUUCAUUUCUCAUGAAUCAUUUGAGACUAGUACCAGCUGAUGUUGUGUAGAUGCUGAGGGUCAGUGCCCAAGGGCUCACGUGUGUAUGUUCUGAUCUUCAGUGCAGAGUGUAUUCUCAUUUAGAAAAGAGUAGUCAAAAUAACUGUGGAUGGUACAGAUGCUUUUUUAAAACUACAAUCUUCAGGUAUAAAGUUUUUUUUGGGGGGGGCAAUUUUAUGAUCAGUUAUGAUUAACUCCUGAGUACCUGAGGUGUGUGAUUGGGCCAACGCUGUCAUGAGGUUCUUGCUGUACUUUCAGUGUUUCGAUUCCACCAGGGGAAUUUGGCCUAGUGUAUGGCUUUGGAUGAAUCCCUGCAGAGAGGCGUGCUUGUACUGUUACAGGAUGCGUUCAGACAUAGCUGUAGCAUGCACCUAGGGAGGACGUGGCCAUUGUUUUUACAUUUACUUUAUAAUUGAGAGUGCACGUGAGUGUUUGUUGCAGAUGAGUUACAGUAAGCAAAUGGUUGAUGCUGUUAAAAUAAUACCGGCCCGGCCCAAUUCACCUGAGGUUUAUUCAACUUUUAAAAAGAUGAAGAGGAACCAAGGGGAACAAAGUUUGCUGCAUCUUAGCCACACGUGCCCCUGGCACCAGCUGGAAUCAGAAGCUUGCAGGCAUCCUUGGGACACUUCUGUGUGUGUAUGCAAAGUUUACACAAAAUGGCAUGAAAAGAUCAUGAUUGGAUUACCUGUGAAGCCUCUCCAUUCUGUACAAAAUCGUUUCUGUAUUUUUAAAUUCGUGGGUAUGUGUGGCUUUCUUUUUUCCUAACAUUCCCAGCAAAUUGUUGCUGCUAAGACUGUCACUGUUAAGGUGAAAAUUACAGGGGAAAAUGUGAUGCAUAUACCAUAACUCAAAAUGUGAUAUUUUCUUAAGAUGACUUUUAUGCUUUAGAACUGGUUGGUUUCCACUUUAUCAGUGUAAAGAGCCUGAGUGUAUGUGGACUUUAUUGUAAAAUUUAACUCCUUUUUACUUGGGGCAUGGGGCCCCUGGAGGGCUUACCUAUUUUCCCCACUAUGUUAACAGCUAAUUCUGAUUUAUGGGUUUAGUUUAACAAAAUUAGGCUUUAAAACAUUUAAUGUGGACUGAAAUUUUCAUCUUUUGUCUGAGGAUCUGUGAAUUGUAUCAUAUACAGGCCUAAAGGAAGGUGUGUAUUUUGUUAUUCUAAAAUUGUUUGGCAUCUUGACAAAUACUAAGUAUCCCAGUGGCCUUUUUAAAAAAAAAAAAAAAGCCUGUGUGUCCAUCUCAUCCUUUUGUGCAUUCCUAGUAAGCAAAAAAAUUUGUUACGCCGUCUUCACUAUUAGAAUUACAGACUGAAAAUCUGCCCAGUUUUUAAAUUAGUUUAGAUUGUUUUUCGCGGAAAGACAAGCCCAACUGUUCAUGGACUGAUUUUAAGAGGAUUAUUCUAUGUUACAACUUAAAUUCCAGAUCACAUUUUAUAUAUGCUGCCUGCCAAAAAACAAAAAACUACCUUUUCUGUGUAGAGGGGAAGAAAAACGAAUACUCUACCUUCUUCUCUACUAAGAGUUCAAAACAAAUUUUCACUGAGAGCCUUUUCAGUAAAAGCUAAAGGUAAACAAGUUUGUUUUUUGAGCAUUUGUCAGUUACUCUGUUUCAGAAGAGUCAGAAUUGAAGCAUGAUGCAUUUGAAGGCUUUGCAAACUCCUAAACCCCUGAUGAGUCCUCAUUCUGGAGGUGGGAAUUUUAAGUAGAAACUGGUGUGUCCUGGAGUAUGGCAGAUGACAGUGAGGUCUCUUCCAAUCCGGCACUCGGCACAGGCCACUGUCUGUUCUCAGCCAGUAACAAUCAUUGAGGAGAAGGACUCUCCCUUUGAUGCAGACACAGUAGUAACAGAAAUAUAAAGCUUGUUAGCAAUCCGAUGGAUAAAUUGUUUCCUUUUCACUUUAAAUAGGAAGCUGUUCUCUAAAAGGAAAACACUUGAAUCCUCAGACAACAUUAUCUUAGCUGUGUUAUUUUUCGAAUGCUCCCAUGGAGGAAGUGUAACAAUCCAUGCAAUGUGAAUAAAUGAGAAGGAAGCAA